AAGUCGUCGUCUUGCUUGCCAAUCCGUCGCUCCACCUGAACACACCGGCGAAGAGGAGGCGAAGAAGCGAUGGGCGUGACCAAGGAGGACGUCGAGGCGGCCAUCACCUCCGCUCUCAGCCCUUCCAAUCUCGUGGUGACGGACACGUCCGGAGGGUGUGGCGCGAGCUACGAGAUCGAGGUGGUGUCGGAGAAGUUCGAGGGGAAGCGGCUGCUGGAGAGGCACCGGAUGGUGAACACCGCGCUGGCGUCUCACAUGGCGGAGAUCCACGCCGUCUCCAUCAAGAAGGCGCUCACCCCGGCUCAGGCCCAGCCCCAGGCCCAGCCGGAGCCGGCCGCCGAUAAGCCCCAGGCUUAAGUGCUUAACACCCCCCAAAACGGUUUGAUCCCAUAUGCCGAUGCACGAUUACAUUGGCUAUCUGCUUGAAUAAUGCGGCGGAUGCACUUGCUAAAUUGCAGGAUGUUAUCCUUGACUGAUUAGAAACUUCUGCACCGUGCAUUUAACUUCUGUGUCACUGUGUGUGUGUUCUGGAUGCUUCUGCCCUGGUCGUUUGCUCGAGACUGUGUGUUGCAGUUCAUGCUGUUAAUGUUCUGCCAGGGUGGGGUUUUCAGUCCUGGAAUUUUUAUAUUUGACUGUUGCUAUGUCUUUCCUUGCUUGUAGGGGUAAGGGGUUUAUUCUUUAACCUUGUGGAUUAGAUUACUGUAUCCAUCAUGGUCUGCAGUGGGGAGUGGGGUGUGAUGAUGAUGGCUGCAUCUUGUUUACACAACAUUUUAAUUUCCUGAUUGAUGAUGCCGCAAUCAAGAU